UCACCUGAUCUUUGUCUCCUCUCUCUCACUAGAAGAUAAAAAAGAACACAAAGAUUCUCUCUCUGUAAGAUGGGCACGUGCUAUGAUGUUCUUUCCCAACGAAACUCAUCUCUCUCUGUACAAAACUCUUUCAAAUCCAAAACCAUUCCCUGUUCCAUCCUUGCUUAGGAGUCUCAUUCAUUCACUCUUCUUCCUCCUCUUCUCUCUUCUUCAUUGAUCAACACCACCAUUGAUCAGCCUAUGGCUUCACUUCGAAGCUUCUUUCUCCUUCACCUAAUCAUCAUCAUCCUCUUCUUCUUAGUCUCUCCCGGCUCAAGCCAAGCCUGGGACGGUGUAGUGAUCACACAAGCUGAUUACCAAGGCCUUCAAGCUGUCAAACAAGAGUUCAUCGACCCAAGAGGGGUCUUAAGAAGCUGGAACGGUUCAGGCUUCACCGCUUGCUCCGGAGGCUGGGCUGGAAUCAAAUGUGCUCAAGGUCAAGUUAUAGUGAUUCAGCUCCCAUGGAAGUCUCUCGGAGGUAGAAUCUCUGAGAAAAUAGGACAGCUUCAAGCUCUACGCAAGCUUAGUCUUCACGACAACAACCUCGGAGGCUCUAUUCCUUUGUCUUUAGGACUCAUUCCUAAUCUCAGAGGCGUUCAGCUCUUCAACAACCGUCUCACCGGUUCCAUCCCUGCUUCUCUAGGUGCUUCUCGUUUCCUUCAGACACUUGAUCUCAGUAAUAACCUUCUCUCUGAAGCUAUCCCUACGAGUCUUGCUGAUUCCACUAAGCUUCUUAGGCUUAACCUCAGCUUCAACUCACUCUCUGGUCAAAUCCCAGUGAGUCUCACUCGCUCUUCUUCUCUUCAGUUUCUUUCUCUUGACCAUAACAACCUCUCUGGUCCUGUCUUAGACACUUGGGGGAGUACUAACAACACCUCUCCUAGUCUCCGUGUCUUGUCUCUUGACCACAACUCUCUCUCUGGCCCAUUCCCGUUUUCACUUUGUAACUUACUUGACCUACAAGUCUUUUCCUUUAGUCAUAAUAGGAUCAGUGGAGCCCUACCUUCCGAGCUAAGCAAACUCACUAAGCUUACACUUCUAGAUUUGUCUCAAAACAGACUCACCGGAGAGAUUCCUGAUUCCAUCACUGAUCUGAAAAGCCUUACCUUCUUCAAUGUCUCUUACAACAACUUAUCUGGUCCUGUUCCCACUCUCUUGUCCCAAAAGUUCAACUCCACCUCCUUUGUCGGAAACCUAGGGCUUUGUGGAUACAGUGUUUCUACACCAUGUCCUACUAUAAACCCUCCUUCACCGUCUCCUACGAAGUCAUCUGGCAGGAACCUGAGUACUAAAGACAUCAUCCUCAUUGCUUCCGGAGCACUCCUCAUAGUUAUGUUUAUCCUUGUGUGCAUUCUCCUCUGUUGCUUGCUGAGGAAGAAACCAGACAAAUCCAAACCUAAAGGCCUAGAGGCUGGACCAGGAACUGCUAAGAAGACCGAGAAAGGAGGAGAAGCUGAGGCUGGAGGUGAGACCGGAGGGAAGCUUGUUCACUUUGAUGGGCCACUGGCGUUUACAGCUGAUGAUCUUCUGUGUGCAACGGCAGAGAUCAUGGGGAAAAGCACUUACGGAACAGUUUACAAAGCUACACUUGAAGAUGGAAGUCAAGUUGCAGUGAAGAGACUGAGAGAAAAGAUCACCAAAGGGCAGAAAGAGUUUGAGAAUGAGAUUAAUGUGUUGGGAAGAAUCAGACAUCCAAACCUCCUUGCACUUAGGGCUUAUUACUUGGGACCCAAGGGAGAGAAGCUUGUUGUCUUUGAUUACAUGUCUAGAGGCAACCUUGCCACAUUCCUCCAUGCAAGAGGACCUGAUGUGCAUAUCAACUGGCCUACAAGGAUGAGUUUAAUAAAAGGAAUGGCGCGUGGCUUGUUCUACCUUCACACGCACGCAAACCUCAUCCACGGAAACCUAACGUCAAGCAAUGUACUUCUAGAUGAGAACAACAACGCGAAGAUCUCAGACUAUGGUCUCUCAAGGCUAAUGAUAACAGCAGCAGGAUCAAGCGUGAUAGCAACGGCUAGUGCAUUAGGUUACAGAGCACCUGAGCUCUCUAAGCUGAAGAAAGCCAACACAAAGACCGAUGUUUACAGCCUCGGUGUGAUCAUACUGGAGCUUUUGACUGGGAAGUCUCCGAGCGAGGCCUUGAACGGUGUGGAUCUGCCUCAGUGGGUUGCUACUGCGGUUAAAGAAGAGUCCACUAAUGAGGUUUUCGAUGUGGAGUUGUUGAGUGAUGUGAACACUAUGGGUGAUGAGUUGUUGAAUACGCUGAAACUGGCUUUGCAUUGUGUUGAUCCUACGCCGUCAACUAGACCUGAAGCUCAGCAAGUUAUGACACAGCUUGGAGAGAUUAGACCGGAGGAGAUGGCAGCGGUGACAACAUCUGAACCGUUGAUUGAUGUUCCUGAAGCUUCUGCUUCCACAAGUCGAUAGAAAAAGAGUGGAGAAUUUUGCAGAGUAGUUGUAGUUUUAUUUUAUUUUGUAAUUCUUUGAUUCUCCAAGUAGUGUUUCUUGUUUUAUUUUCAGUUAAUGUGUUCUAAACCAUUUCAUCAUUAGUUUGUGUUCGUAAAUACUGUAAACUGGCUAUGUUUUUUUUAUCUUUGAUCAAACAGAGUUCUCUGUUCUCUUAA